CCGACCGAUUCGGGCUCGUGCAGGGUAGGCUAACUGUGCUACGUCAAUGGUUAGACUCAAUUCCAGAGCGUGUUACACCUGUUCAACUAGAUCGUAUACCCAUCCAUCCCGCUACCACCACACAUCUACCAAAGCUCAUCAAUUAACCUACCAAUAUAUCCAUUGGUGACAGAUAAUAGACUGUGGGUGAUCAGGGAACUAUAUACGCCGGGGAGUGAUCUGGUAUAUGAACCAUCGAUCCUUAUAAAUCAAGAUGGCGUACGUCUACUCCAAUGCUCUGCAUGUGUCCAUUGCUUUAUUAAUCCUUGGCUUGAUUCAGAUCGGUCUUGAAGUCAGUUGUUUCUAUGGCUGCUAUGCUGGAUUUGAAUACACCUACGCAUCACCGGGGUGGAGCGGCUUCUUGGCGUUUCUGACCGGGCUAUUUGGCAUUUGCAUGGUGCAGUGUUACAAAGAAAUGAUUUUAGGUAAAUGUUUCUUCAUCUUCAGUCUGUUGGUGUUAUUCACUAGCGCAGUCUGUCUCUUCCUCGUUGGGUUCUUCGCCUGGCGCGCUGAAUACCGCAUGGCUUACGAAGUCCAAGAGAGGGCGCGCCGGCAUGGUCGCUCAGAGAAGCUCGUCGCCACUGGUCUAGCCAUCCACACAUGUGUCUUAUGUGUGGGGGUGUGUCUUUUUAUUUCAUCCUGCUAUGCUUCCUGGCUCAACUGCUGCUGCGAGAAGGCACCGACCAAGAAGGGUUAUGGUCUCGCUCUGGAACCCGUACGAGUCGCCCACGGGAAUUCCCCUAAUCGUCAUCGGGAAAACCCCUAGGCUAGUAGGGGAAUCUCCCCCAAAACAACGUCCACGACCAUCAACAAUGUCCUUAAAUGAUCUAUGACUAAUGUUGGCAUCCCAUGCUGAAGACACCAUCAACUCUGAUAAAUGCAUGGUGGAAAUACAAAUAUGCAUCCGUUCAGAACCAAGAGGGCGCUAACUCAUGGAUAAUGAUAGGCCUCACAUUAUCAGACCGAAGUUGCAAAAUAACCCGCUAUUUUGCGCCUUUAUCAGCCCGCAGUUGCGAUUAGCGGGCUAUU